AUGGUGAAGCUGGCUGAUCACAUGCGCGCGGCGGCGAGCGCCGCCGCCGUCUUCUCAGCGCUCGUGGUGGCGGCGGUGAUGGUCGGCGGCGCGGGCGCGCUGGAGCCCGGCGGGUGGCUGAGGGCGCACGCGACGUUCUACGGCGGCGCGGACGCGUCGGGGACGAUGGGCGGCGCGUGCGGGUACGGCAACCUGUACGCGCAGGGGUACGGCACGCGGACGGCGGCGCUCAGCACGGCGCUCUUCAACGGCGGGCUCGCCUGCGGCGAGUGCUACAAGCUCGUCUGCGACCGCAAGACGGACCGGACGUGGUGCAAGCCCGGCGUGUCCGUUACCAUCACCGCCACCAACUUCUGCCCGCCCAACUGGAACCUCCCCAGCGACAACGGCGGCUGGUGCAACCCGCCGCGCCCCCACUUCGACAUGGCCCAGCCGGCGUGGGAGAAGAUCGGCAUCUUCCGCGGCGGCAUCAUCCCCGUCAUCUACCAAAGGGUUCCGUGCAUGAAGAAAGGAGGGGUGCGGUUCACCAUCAACGGGCACGACUACUUCCAGCUGGUGCUCCUGACCAACGUCGGGGCGGCCGGCUCGAUCAGGGCCAUGGACGUGAGGAGCUCGAGCUCGGCGGACUGGAUGGCCAUGGCGCACAACUGGGGCGCCCAGUGGCACUCGCUGGCCUACCUCACCGGCCAGGGCCUCUCCUUCCGGGUCACCAUCACCGACGGCCAGACGCUCGUCUUCCCCGGCGUCGUCCGGCCGGGUUGGAGGUUCGGCCAGACGUUCGCCAGUAACCUCCAGUUCAAGUGACCGAUCAACCGAAUUGAAGCUCAGUUAAGCACAGCUGCUUCAUGCAUGCAUGUGUGAAGAUUCAUUUAGGCGUC